AUGCGCUCUGCCCUUGCCAUACCUCAUGCGCUCUGCCCUUGCCAUACCUCAUGCGCUCUGCCCUUGCUAUACCUCAUGCGCUUCAUGCGCUCUGCCCUUGCCAUAGCUCAUGCGCUCUGCCCCUUGCCAUACCUCACGCGCUUCGCCCUUGCCAUACGUCAUGCACUCUGCCCUUGCCAUACCUCAUGCGCUCUGCCCUUGCCAUACCUCAUGCGCUCUGCCCUUGCCAUACCUCAUGCGCUCUGCCCUUGCCAUACCUCAUGCGCUCUGCCCUUGCCAUACCUCAUGCGCUCUGCCCUUGCCAUACCCCAUGCGCUUUGCCCUUGCCAUACCUCAUGCGGUCUGCCCUUGCCAUACGUCAUGCGCUCUGCCCUUGCCAUACCUCAUGCGCUCUGCCCUUGCCAUACCCCAUGCGCUCUGCCCUUGCCAUACCCCAUGCGCGCUGCCCUUGCCAUACCUCAUGCGCUCUGCCCUUGCCAUACCUCAUGCACUCUGCCCUUGCUAUACCUCAUGCGCUUCAUGCGCUCUGCCCUUGCCAUAGCUCAUGCGCUCUGCCCCUUGCCAUACCUCACGCGCUUUGCCCUUGCCAUACGUCAUGCACUCUGCCCUUGCCAUACCUCAUGCGCUCUGCCCUUGCCAUACCUCAUGCGCUCUGCCCUUGCCAUACCUCAUGCGCUCUGCCCUUGCCAUACCUCAUGCGCUCUGCCCUUGCCAUACCUCAUGCGCUCUGCCCUUGCCAUACCUCAUACGCUCUGCCCUUGCCGUACCUCAUACGCUCUGCCCUUGCCGUACCUCAUACGCUCUGCCCUUGCCGUACCUCAUGCGCUCUGUCGCUUCCAGUCUCCUCUCUAUGCGCCCCUCCAUACCCACUUCCAUACUCCCAUCCGUUCUCUCCAGCUACUUGGCCAACAACCGUCUCAGCGGCAGUCUGCCGUCUGCCAUCAGUCGCUUGGAGAAGCUGCAACAGAUUUCACUUGUUUUCUGGAUCUCCAUUCUCCUUCUGCGUGCCAAGCGGUCCGCCCUGCCGAACCCACCCAUGUUGUGUGCCUUCUGCCGAGCCCCACUGCACUCUGCUCCUCUCAUGCCCCUGCUUCUGCCCCUGAUUUUCCCCUGCUACUGCCCUUGCUUCUGCCCCUGCUUUUCUCCCUGCUACUGCCCCUGCUUCUGCCCCUGUUUUUUUCCCCUUCUCCCCUGUUUUUUACCCCUGCUUCUACCCCUGCUUCUGCCCCCGCCUGCCCCCCCAGCUGGCUGGACAACAACAGCAUCGAGGGCCCUCUGCCAUCCGCCAUUUGCUCGCUGCCCUGGCUGUGGCGCAUGUGA